AUGAGGAGUCAGUUCAAAGGACCAGCCCCUCGCGAAACCAAAGAUACAGACAUAAUAGAUGAAGCCAUCUACUACUUCAAAGCCAACGUGUUCUUUAAAAAUUACGAAAUCAAGAAUGAGGCCGACAGAACCUUGAUCUACAUAACCCUGUAUAUUUCGGAGUGCUUGAAAAAGUUACAGAAGUGCAAUUCAAAAGGCCAGGGGGAAAAGGAAAUGUAUACUCUGGGGAUCACCAAUUUCCCAAUCCCUGGAGAACCAGGUUUUCCACUGAAUGCUCUGUAUGCCAGACCCAGCAACAAGCAAGAAGAAGAGGUUAUGAGAGCGUAUUUACAGCAACUGAGGCAAGAAACUGGCUUGAGGCUUUGCGAAAAGGUCUUUGAUCCCCAGAGUGACAAACCGAGCAAGUGGUGGACCUGUUUCGUGAAAAGGCAGUUCAUGAACAAAAGCCUUUCAGGACCAGGACAGUGA